AUGGGGAACACGGUGACGCUGCACAGCGCCUGCGAGUACGGCGACCUGGCCGAGGUGCACCGCCUGCUCAAGACCGCGACGGCCGAGGAGCUGGAGGCCACGGACGACAGCGGCCGCACGCCGCUGCUGCUGGCCGUGGCCAGCUUGAAGCAUCUGCGCGAGCACCAGGAGCUGGACGACUUCGACGACCUCCACGGCUUCGGCGACAGCGACGACGAGGCGUCGACACCGGCAGAUGAGGAGGAGGCGGAGGCGGAAGAGCAGCAGACAGAGCAGCAGCAGCAGCAAGAUCCGGCGGCCAACGAGGCCCGGGACAGCUCCAACAGCAGCAACAGCGAGGCCGAGGAGACCGUGAACGAGGUCAAGGAGGACGCAGACCUGGAGCUCAUGCCCAAAGAGGCGGAGAUCCUGCACUUGCUGCUGCAGCGCCGCGUGAAUGUGGACCACAAGGACGAGAACGGCUGGACGGCGCUGCACCACGCCUGCUUCGUGCAGAACGCGGUGGCCAUCAAGAUGCUCAUCCACGCGGGGGCGCGCCCCAUGAGGGAGAGCUACGGCCUGCUGCCGCAGGACUUGCUGCAGAGAGGGCACAUGUCCGAGUGGGUCGCGCAAGCGCAAGAGCUGAAGGAGUCGCUGGAUCAGAUCACGGAAAAGAGCGCGUACGCCAUGAAGCUGCUGGCCUUCCGGCCUAGCGGCAUCGUUCAGCUGGAUAUGGGUGGACAGGUCGAGAAGGGCUCGUUCGUUACAUUGGAGUACGACGUGCCGGAGACGCAUUCCGUGAAGGAUUACAUCCAGGUGUUGAUCUCAGAAGAAGACUCGGCCGAUAUCGAGAUCGGGUCCUAUCACUACGUUCCUGCGGGCGCACAUGGGCAGCUAACUAUCAGCACGAAGGACAUCCCACCGACCAGUACGGUUCGCUUUGUGUACGUGAAGUGCGACAUCAAUACGAUGUCGCGGCAGGUGGUGGCUAGCGGCUGCAAUGCGGUUGUUCAAGCCUCAGUUGGCGAGAUUUUCCAGUACGAGUUGUUCUUGUACGAGCGUGUCGUGGAGGUGGAGAGUAUCCCGGAGUUCGAGUUCAUCGACCAGCCGCUGAUUGUGCUCAAGCGCAUUGGUAUCGUCGUGGGUGAGGAUAUUGAUUGGGUCACGAUCCGUCCAGACAACCACAUCGUUGCCGUAAACGACAUUCGCAUUGACGCGAUGGAUUUUGCAGAAGCUGUGCGCGUUCUCCAGGAGAACAACGGACGACAAUGUACAAAGUUGCUGAUGCAAAACUACUCGGCUUGCGGCGACUUUAUCCCGGAAAAGAUUUUAGGCGUGGGUGUCAUUGGCAAGUACGCCUAUUUGCAUCCGGUCGACGAAGAGCAAGAUGCGGAGGGCGAUGAGCAGACGUACGAAGAGUGGGUACGCAACAGUCACAGCGACGAGAAUGGUGAAGGAACGGCUGAAAAUCCGUGCCCUGAGGAGGUGAAUUUGGGAGCGGUGAGCACGCUUUCGUCGGCAAUUCAGAUGCCUUCAGAGACGAUCCCGAUGUCUACAGAAGCGACGGAAACGUCACCUCCGCCUUCCGUGUUGUCGCUCGCCCCUCCUGCAGAGGAGCGUGUGGAGAUCAGCAAAGUGGUUGCUGAUGACCACGACGACCCGGCCACGAUGGACAGAGAAGAAAAAAUAUCCGCGUCUUCAACCAUAGAGACCGUUGUGCCACUACACAACUCGCUGCAACUCGUAGCCCAGCUUCAGCAUGGCAUUUCGAUCGGCCACGCGGCUAGAUGAACAGCCACUUGCGCCGUGCCCCGGCUGCUGAAGUGCUUGGGGGAGAACUGGUUUCCAUAUCGUUUGCUAGUGAUAAAGUCGAGAGUGCUCCAAAUAGAGAGGUCUGCUUUGGAGAUUUUGAAGACACCAGCACCAAGCAGAAAGAAGCCGAGGCAAGAACAUACAGCAGACAAACAUUAAACCAACCCGGUGAUUUAUUAGCAUUUGAGAUGAACAAUU